AUGAGCCUAAUUGCGAUUGAUAUAACACCAUUAAGUAAUAUUUAUCGACAAUUGCUAACAAAAGUAAUUACCUAUAAUCCGAAUAUUCAAGCGGAUGGUUUUAAAUUGCAAUACGUUGAUAAUGAAAAUGAGCGUAUUACAUUUUCAACAGUUGAUGAAUUAAAAUAUGCACUAGCCACAAAAGAAGAAUUAUUAAAAAUAUUCAAUGUAUCAAAGUUCAUUGAGUCAGCAAUCGCUUCAAAUUGUGAUUAUUGUUGCAAAGAAAUAAUUCAUAGUGAAUCGUAUAAAGUGCAUAAUAAACCUUUGUGUAAAAUAUGUUCAACUCGACAACAAGAACAACUUCGUUCGCUAAAAAUCAGUUCAUCAAAAUAUCCACAUUCACAUACAACUUCACAUCCAUAUCACCGUCACAGAUAUCCAAGAUAUCAGAUGUCACCAUCGUUACAUAAUACCUGGUCAGAUAUUCAGUAUACACCAUACAUUCUAUGUUAUUUACUAUCGUCAUUAACAUCGAUUACUCGACAUAUAUAUUACAACCUACACCUCAUAUUUCACAACACCUGCCAACAACUCAAAUCACAGGAAAAACAACUUCAGCACAAAGUUCAUUAUCGAUUAAUUUAA